AUGGAAGGUCUAACCCAGCUAGCACCAUUGUUAGGAGCACUGAGGCUGAGAGUGCUGGUGCUGCACAAGGUUGGGAUGAAGCAGAACUCGGCUACGAUCGUCAGUAGAAUCAUUCAACAGCAACACGAGAGUUUGGAGGUCCUCGUAGAUCUACUCUUUCGCAAUGAGCUAACUGGAGAUUUCCUGGAAACCAUUCGUGGUGAGCUGAGUCAGUGCCAACGCCUAGAGCAGCUGUACCUGGACGACGACUGCCUCUCGUCGGGAGCUCUGCCGGUGCUUGCGUCCCUGCUGCCCAGUCUGCCCAAGCUCUCCCUGCUCGAAGUGGCGAGGAAUGAUUUCCGAGAUGCUGACGACGAAGCAAAGCUGUUCGCCACCGCUGUCAAGAGCUGCUCAUCUCUGAAGGAGCUGUGGAUGCCUGAAAGUGCUCUAGUGUCUCCGCGGCUGCGCGAUGCUCUAAGUGCCAUGGCCAGAGAUGAUCUGAAUUUGCAGUAUAAGCAGGUUCGCUGGAACGACGGAGUGGAGAAUGCCGAAGAAGAAGAAGACGAGUACGGCGAUGAAGGAGAUAGUGGCAGUGAGGAAUGA